UUAACACAAAUGGAAUGAUUCGAGGAGUACUAUGUAAUGGAGAUAAGCAUUAUGUUCCUGAUUUUCCACUCUUAAUUCUAAUUAAUAAUAAUGAUCUUUAUGUUAACGAAUUGAGGACAUUCUCAAGUGCCUCAAUUAAUAGAUCAAA